AGGUUACCCCACAAGGGGCCAAAGACAAAAUGUCAGAGUACUGGCUGAUUUCUGCCCCUGGGGAAAAGACAUGUCAACAGACUUGGGAAACCCUCAAUAGUACGACGGGCAAGCAGAAUAAUCUGUCGACAAAUUGGAAAUUUCAUAUCCCAGACCUGAAAGUGGGAACCUUGGAUCAGCUUGUUGGCCUUUCAGACGAUCUGGGAAAAUUGGACAAUUAUGUGGAGUCCGUUGCAAAGAAAAUUGCAGCCUACCUAGGAGAGGUAUUGGAAGAUCAGCGAGACAAACUGGCCGAGAACCUCUUGGCCAACGGAGUUGAUCUCCCGAAUUACUUGACCAAGUUCCAGUGGGACAUGGCCAAGUAUCCAAUCAAACAAUCACUGAAGAGCAUUGCUGAUAUCGUCAGCAAGCAGGUCACCCAGAUUGAGGCAGACCUCAAGACCAAGUCUGCAGCUUAUAAUGCAUUGAAAGGAAGUCUUCAAGCCAUGGAGAGGAAGCAAACAGAGAUCAGUAUUGAGAGACAGUUUGCCCUGGUUGCACACAGGGGGAGUCUGCUGGCCCGAAACCUUGGGGAUCUGGUGAAGAAGGAAGACUUUGUCUUGGAUUCUGAAUACCUGACCACCCUUCUGGUUGUUGUCCCCAAGACUUAUUACAACGAUUGGUACAACAAGUACGAGCGAUUGACCGACAUGGUCGUCCCACGUUCCACGAAGCUCAUCUUUGAAGAUCAGGAGAGUGGACUGUUCACGAUUACCCUCUUCUACAAGGUCAUCGAUGAGUUCAAACACCAUGCCAGGGAGAACAAGUUUAUUGUUCGUGACUUUGUUUACAAUGAGGAAGAGCUGACAGCUGGCAAGAAUGAGCUUACAAAGCUGGCUACUGAUAAGAAGAAACAGUUUGGCCCCUUGGUCAGGUGGUUGAAAGUGAACUUCAGUGAGUCUUUCACUGCCUGGAUUCAUGUCAAGGCCCUCAGAGUCUUUGUUGAAUCUGUGCUAAGGUAUGGACUGCCAGUGAAUUUCCAAUCGAUGUUGUUGUACCCCAACAAGAAGUCAAAUAUUAAGCGGCUUCGGGAGGUCCUCACUCAACUGUACAGUCACUUGGACAGCAGUGCUGGGACAGGAGGAGGGAAUCAGCAAUCUGAUGUGGUUGACAUUCCUGGUCUCACAGGCCUGGGACAGACUGAAUACUAUCCUUAUGUCUUCUACAAAAUCAAUUUGGACAUGGUGGAAGGGUUACAGGUGAAACCCUCCUGAAUGCACACAUUCCGCCUCAGCCAUUCUCUUAUUUCUCUUGCUAAUACUUUGCAGUUAUGAAGAACUCUUUAGGUCAAUCCCUUGAAUCUAACCAGGCACAAGUGGACUAUUAACUUCUUUUCUUCACAGUUCUCCUGUCUCUUGCAGUCUUUCACUUUCUUACAUUCCACUUUUGACAUUGGCUGCAAUGGCAUUGCUAGUCAUGUGAUUUCCAGGUUUUGUCCUUUGUGAAACUGGCAGGUAAGGACAACCCCUGCCACAAGACCUAAGCUUUGUGGCAGGACUAAGGUGGAAUCUCCAUCAAAGCAUUCAGAGAUCCAUUACCCCAGUGGUAGUCAAUUGUUCAUCCCAUGUGAAUCCUCAUCCCCCAUCCAUUGACUACACUUGCCAGAUCCUUGUCCCUUGGCUCCACUUUCACCCCCAGUGAAUCCAUCAACUUUGCCCUCAAUCCUGUACCCCAUCCAUGAGUAGAACAUUCAUCUGAUAGAGAAAUGUCUUAUUUAUAUGUUGUCGUCAUAGUGAAUAUAUGAUACAUAUUAUGCCAGUAAUUGGUAGUGAAGUUAACUGAAAUAAAAAUGUGCAAUUUGGAA